AUGGAAUAUCAAUCCUUUCUCAUAACAGGCGGCUGCGGCCUCCAAGGGUCUUCCAUCGUCGAGACCCUGCGGUCCCGCUACCCCUCCUGCCGGAACAUCGCGGUCCUGACCCGCGACCCGUCCCUCAACCUGUUCCCCGGCGUCGCUUACCACCGGGGCGACCUGACUAGCCCCGCGGACAUCGACAGGUGUCUGCAGGCCUGCCGGCCCACGGUGAUCUUCCACUGCGCCGCCGUCGUUACGGGCACCCGGAAGCCCGUCUCCGACGAGGUCGUCAAUGCCAUCAACGUCGGCGGGACCCAGCUGUUGCUCGCGGCGUGCGCGAGGCUCGGCGGCGUGCGCGCGUUCGUCUUCACCUCCUCGGUCGCCGUCGUGCAGAGGCCCGGCGUCGAGAUCCGCGGCGCCAACGAGACCUGGCCGCUGAUCGACUUCGUCAAUGACAGGGAGACCCUGGUCUAUCCAAAGUCCAAGGCCGAGGCCGAGACGCUGGUGCUGGCCGCGGACGGGGCGGAUGGAGAAGGGAAAGGAGAAGGGCGCGAGGGGGGCUGCAGCAUGCGCACCUGCGCCGUCCGCCCCAGCGCCGUCUACGGCGAGCGCGACAACGACGUCACACCCCUGGUCAUGCGGACCGCAAAGACCAUGCGCGGCCUGCAGAUCGGCGACAACAAGAACCCGAUGGCCACGACGUACGUCGGCAACAGCACACACGCGCACCUCCUGGCCGCGGAGCGGCUGCUGGACCCGGACCCGGCCGUGCGGGACGCCGUCGGCGGCCAGGCCUUCUUUGUCGCCAAUGAGGGCGCCUCCACCUUCUGGGACCUCGCGCGGACGAUCUGGUUCCACGCCGGCGCGGGCCCGGAUCCCAGGGACCCGGCGGAGUACAGGCCCGAGGACCUGAGGGUCGUCAGUGUCGGGCUGGCCAUGUGGGCUGCCUGGGCCAGCGAGUGGUGGGCGUGGCUCUGGGGCUCAACGCCCCGGAUCAGCCGCAUCGCCGUGGGCAUCGUGACCAUGACGCGCGUCUACGACAUCAGCAAGGCGAAGAGGGUGCUGGGGUAUAGCGAGCAGGUCGGCUGGGAAGAGGGCUGUCGGAGGGCCGCCAGGUGGUGGGUGGAGAAUAGGGGGGAGGACAAGAAGACGAAGUGA